AUGAUGUUCCAGAAUCUCAGAGAUUCCAAUAGCUCUGAAUCCCAGGUCUCUGAGUUCAUUCUGAUGGGAUUCCCGGGCAUCCACAGCUGGCAGCACUGGCUCUCCCUGCCCCUGGCCCUGCUCUACCUCUUGGCGCUCCUUGCCAACAUGAUGAUCGUGACAGUCAUCUAUCAAGAGUCUGCACUGCACCAGCCUAUGUACUAUUUUCUGAGCAUCCUGGCUUUGGUGGACAUCGGCCUGGCCACCACCAUCAUGCCCAAGAUCUUAGCCAUCUUUUGGUUCAAUGCUAAGUCUAUCAGUCUGCCUGAGUGCUUUGCUCAGAUGUAUGCCAUCCACUGCUUUGUGGCCAUGGAGUCAGGUAUCUUUGUCUGCAUGGCUAUAGAUAGAUAUGUAGCCAUUUGCCGGCCACUGCAGUAUCCAUCGAUAGUUACUGAAUCCUUUGUGGUCAAAGCAACUGUGAUCAUGGCACUCAGAAAUUGUCUAGCUCCCAUGUCAGUGCCUGUGUUAGCUGCCCAGAGACAUUACUGCUCUCGGAAUAGCAUUGAGCACUGUCUUUGCUCCAAUCUUGGUGUCACCAGCUUGUCCUGUGAUGACAGGAGAAUCAACAGUAUCAACCAGCUCAUCAUAGCCUGGGCUGUCAUGGGAAGUGACCUGGGACUGAUUAUUUGUUCAUAUGCUUGGAUCCUUCGGUCAGUGCUGAAGCUGAACUCCUCAGAGGCAGCUUCCAAGGCCUUGAGUACCUGCACUUCCCACCUCAUCCUGAUCCUCUUCUUCUACACGGUCAUUGUUGUCCUUUCUGUCACUCAUAGUGCAGGCAUGAAAAUUCCCCUCAUCCCAGUUCUACUGAAUGUGUUACAUAAUGUCAUCCCUCCUGCCCUCAACCCCAUGGUAUAUGCCCUGAAGAAUAAGGAGCUCAGACAAAGCUUAUACAAGGUGCUUGGGCUGGAUGUUAAACAUAACUAA